AUGAGUGCCCAGGACUUAAUAACAUUCAAUAUUGGAGGUAAAAAAUUCACCACUACUCUGUCAACUCUCAGAAGACACGAAGACUCAAGAAUAGCUAGGAUCCUCGACGGCAAAGACACAGAUUUUAAAGUUAUCAGUGGGCAAGUUUUUGUAGAUAGAGAUUGGACUUUCUUUAAAUACAUCCUGGAUUAUAUGAGGACAGAUCAAAUCACCCUGCCAGCAGAAUUCUCUGACUACAAUGGCUUGGCUCAAGAGGCACAGUUCUAUGGUUUGUAUCCAUUGGCACUUUGGGUUGAGAGGAACAUCCAUCGAUCCAGAGUUGAGGUUCUAGAAUUGCGCUUCUCUGUCCAGGAAACUCACGGAUUCUUCCGAAUAUUCUGCUCCAACAACAAAACUCUGGAGGCUUUGGCCACAAAGAUAUCAAUUUUCGUGGAACAUCCUAAUCUGCAUGGGAAUUUUUCCACACCUGCCUCAGAACUCCAACACACCUCGUCCUGUACCGGUCCAGAGACCCUCUCACCACGACCUGGUGUUCCACUGUGGGACUGACCAACUAGCCAGGGACGACUUCUCUGCCAGGUGAAGGGAAGUCACACUCACCUGUAGGCUAUUAUACAAAUCUCAGCGUUUCCCAUUGUCCAAUUCCUCAAGGGCUCCAUACUGUAUGAUGAGUUUAUUAGUCACAUGCAGAGGGUUGCAGAUGUAAUUGUAGGGUACAGUGAAAUCCUUAAGCUCCGAGCUCCAACAGUGCAGGUCAAAAAGAGAAGUGAAUGAAACAAUAUUACAAAUAAUAAUUAAAAUAUAAACAUAUUUACAACUGUAACACUAAUACAUGUCCAUUGGGGGGGUGUGGGCAGGGUAAAUGUCCAUUGGGGAGGUAGAAUGUCCCUGAGGGAAUGUCCAUUGGGGAAGCAGCAGGGGGGGGAUGUGAGAAGUCCGGGGGGUAGGAGGGGGAUAGGGGGAGUAGGUAGCUGCCUAGUGUAUAGGCACUCGCCUGUGUAAUGAUAGGGGAAACACUGGAUCAGUAAUAACUCUUGUAUGUUUAUUCAAAACACUAUAUUAUGCAUCGUUUUUAAAGACCAAACUUGCAUUGUUUUACUCUUACAGGUUUGUAACUAUUGAGCCGGACGACAGAAAGCUUCUCAACAGCACCAACGUCCUGGGCCUGCUGGUAGACACCCUUCUGAAGGAUGGGUUCCGCCUGAUAGGCACAAGGACAGUUUCCCCAGAGGAGAAGAUUGAAUGCUACAUGUUUGAAAGAAGUAGGAAUACCCAGAUCGUUGUACUGAGUGAAACCAACAGGGCAGAACAUCUCAGAAGAGAGGACACACAGAGCAAGCUUGGUGAAGGAAAGAAAAAUAAGUGA